AAUAAAUAACCGCAUUGACAUAUAUGAUCAUGGCGGAAAAGGUGACCAUGUGGUGGUCAUGGAGCCUCUCUCACCUUUUCUUGACGGUUUUUUUGUUUAACUUCUCUAGUUUCAUGGUUGCUCCGGCGAUAACCGACGUAAGCAUGGCCGCACUUUGUCCCGGGCAAGACGAAUGCUCUUUAGCCAUUUACCUCACCGGAAUUCAACAAGCGAUAACAGGAAUGGGAAAUAUAGUGAUGAUGCCACUAAUCGGACAUUUGUCUGACCAUCAUGGAAGGAAGCUCCUCCUCACUUUUCCAAUGAUUCUCGCCAUUUUCCCCUCAGUGAUAUUGGCAUACAGCAUGGACAGAGAGUUCUUCUAUGCAUACUUGGUCAUCAAGACUCUUACUUCCAUGGUUUGUGAAGGGACAGUUCUUUGCCUUGCCCUUGCUUAUGUGGCCGAUAAUGUAGCUGAGCAACGGCGGGCAUCUGCAUUUGGAAUCCUCUCAGGCAUCUCAUCAUGUUCAUUUGUCUUAGGCAGCCUCCUUACCCGCUUCCUUCCUUCUCAUGCUUCUGUCUUCCAGGUAUCUGCAGCAAUGGGAAUGAUUUCUCUGUUGUACAUGAGAAUUUUACUACCUGAAUCUAACAUGGAAGCCAUGAUGAUUGAUGUUUCAUCAAAAGAAACAGCUACAAAUGAAUGUCUUCUGGAAAAAGGGGUGGUCAACAAUCGGAGACCUUUACGUACAACUCCUUCUUUACAUGAUUCCAUUUCGUUGUUGAAAAGCAGCUGGACAUUCUCACAAGCUGCUAUAGUAGCAUUCUUCAGCACUUUUGGAGAACUUGGCCUAGUCUCUGCUAUACUGUACUAUUUAAGGGCUGAAUUUCAUUUUGACAAAGAUGAGUUUGCUUACUUGUUGAUCAUUAAUGGGGUUGCUGGUAUCAUAUCCCUGAUGAUUAUCAUGCCCAUGUUGGCUAAAGUACUCAACGAAGAAAAACUUCUAGCGAUUGGGCUCGCUUUCAACUGUAUAUAUAUUUCUCUCUAUGCUGUAGCUUGGGCAUCAUGGGUUGUCUAUCUUUCAUCGGUGUUGCAGAUUUUUGCUGUUUUUAUAGGACCAAGCUUACGGAGCAUUGUAUCCAAACAAGCUGGCCCUUCCGAGCAGGGCAAGGCACAAGGGUGCAUAACUGGAAUAUGCUCAUUAGCCGGUAUCAUUUCCCCAUUGGUUUUCAGUCCUCUAACAGCCUUAUUCUUGUCUGAUCAUGCCCCAUUUCGUUUUCCUGGUUUUAGCCUUAUGUGUGCCGCCUUUAUUGUGAUGAUAGCAUUCAUCCAAAGUAUCAUGAUCAAGGCACCGACACCUCUUCCUCUUCCCGUUGCAGAUAAUAAAAUAGAUGAAUACGAUUCAGCGGAGCUUUGAUUAUGCUUUUACACAUGAUCAGUAUAAACCAGCAUAAGCAAAAAUGUUCUUUUUCCUAAUAUAUGCUCCAUCGCUUAUAUGUUAUGCAUAUUUAUAAGGAUGGUGCAAAUUAGAUUGCAAUUGUAUAUGACUAUAUGGUAUAUUUGUAUUUGUAUAUAGUAUAUGAAAAUUUUGUUGGUGGCGAA